ACACGCUUAAAGCCUUUUCGUUUUCCAAUUUCAACAAUGGCCUGCGUCGAGACGAAGAACAACAACAACAGUUCCGAUUCCGUCAACGAACCAUCACCUAAACUCCAAAAGCUCGAUCAAAACGGAAUCCAUGGCGAUUCAUCAUCAUCACCAUUCUUCAAAGUGAAGAAACUCUCCGAAAAAGCUGUUUUACCAACAAGAGGCUCAUCACUCUCCGCUGGAUACGAUCUCUCAAGUGCGGUGGAUUCAAAAGUUCCAGCGAGAGGUAAAGCUCUUAUCCCAACGGAUCUAAGUAUCGCUGUUCCCGAAGGAACUUACGCGAGAAUCGCACCGAGAUCGGGUUUGGCUUGGAAACAUUCGAUUGACGUUGGUGCUGGUGUGAUUGAUGCUGAUUAUAGAGGACCUGUUGGUGUGAUUUUGUUUAAUCAUUCUGAUGUUGAUUUUGAGGUUAAUUUUGGAGAUCGAAUCGCGCAAUUGAUUAUCGAGAAGAUUGUGACUCCUGAUGUUGUUGAGGUUGAUGAUUUGGAUGAUACUGUUCGUGGUGAUGGUGGUUUUGGUUCUACUGGUGUCUGAGUGAUGAUCAUCUUCUUCGAUUAAGAAUGUUUAAUUUAGGGUUAUUUCGUCGAACAGUUUGUGGUCAUUAUUGUACUAUCUCUUUGCUUCAUCUUUAGACUAUCUUUCAAUCUUCAAAAAAAUUUGCUUCAUCCAAAAAAGUCUCAAUCUAAUU